AUGAAUUGUUCAGAACGAGAAGAAAUUGCCCAUCAAAUUGAAUUAUAUACAUAUCCAAUUUUACUUGUAAUUGGAACAAUAGGUAAUUUAUUAUCAUUAAUAGUUUUAAUUCAAAUGCGACAACAUAGUGUAUAUCGUUAUUUAACAUUUAUGUCUAUUGCUGAUACUAUUGUUUUAUAUAUUGGUUUAUUACGUGAAUUACUUUUAUCAUCCAAUCUUCAUAUACAUAUUCAAGGAACAUUAUUAUGUAAAUUACAUGUUUUCUUUUUCUAUAAUACUCUUCAUUUAUCAUCAUGGUUUCGAUGUUGUUUAAAUUUAGAUCGUUAUGUUGCUGUUAAAUUUCCUAUAUUUACUUCAAAAUGGUGUCGUACACGACAAGCAACAAUAAAUUCAAGCGUUGUACUUACAAUUCUAUCUAUAUCUAAUAUUCAUUUAUUAAUAUUUGUUCAAGGUGAAGAUAAAAAUAUUAUAAAUUCAAAUCGUUCAACUGUUAAUCCAUUCCAAUAUCAACAAUGUUAUUUACAUGAAAGUUAUAUUUAUUUUUUUGAACGUAUUUAUACAUGGAUUGAUAUGUUUCUUGUUACAAUAAUACCAUUUAUAUUUAUUAUUUUAUGUAAUUUAACAGUUAUUAAUCGUGUAUUUCUUGUAUCAAAUUCAAGUAAAAAAACUGAUUUAGUUUGUCGUUCAAAAGCAACGAAUCGUUUACGUUCAUUAUGUCUUAUGAUGAUAUGUUCAUCAUUUGUUUUUGUUGCAACAACUUUACCAGUUACAGCAUUUAUCAUUGAUUUAUUAUCAAAUAAAGUUUCAUUUGAUUCAAUACGUUGUCGACGAAUACAAUGGACUAUAUAUAAUAUAUUAAUGUAUUUUAAUUAUGCAAGUAUACUUAGUUAUUGUAUAUCUGGUACAGAAUUUCGUCAUGUUUUAAUGAAAACAAUACAUAUGAAAACAAAAUCAAGUUUAGUUUCAAUUCUUCAUACAGAUAUGAUGAAUGCUGUUAAUCAUCGUCGAACAUCAACACCACAACCAUCACAUCGAAUGUAUAAUAAUUAUGAAGAAAAACAACGAUAUCGUUCAUUAUCUGUUAGUAUUUUACCGACAACAAAAAAUAAUAAAGAUCAAAGUCUUGUUAAAUUAAAUUAUAGUAAUACAAAAUAUUUAGAUAUUCCACAACCAAAUUAUCAUAAACUAUAUAGACAUUCAUGUACAAGUCAAACAAAUUGUGGUGGUUUAACACCAUCAUCAAUAACACAAAAUGCACGAGAUACAGGAUGGAGAUCGAGUUGUUUAUUAGAUACUCAUAUCAAUGAUCAAAUAUAA